AUGGGGAAGAUUCCACAGCAGCACGUCCCUGUGUUCUGUGCUGUGGGCUGGUUGCUGGGCAGCUGGCUGGCAGGAACCUCUCCAGGAGAAGAGAAAGAGAAUGUGGUGUGCCCAUGUUCUGCAGCAUUCAGAUGGGCGCAAGACCUGGGGAUUUUGGCUACUUCCUCGGUGGAGGACAAUCCAAGCAGGCAGCUCGGUAGGCUGAAUAAGUGUACUCUUACCUCGAAUGGGCUCCACUGUGAGGAAGUUGGCCUGAGAGGAAAUAUUCAAAAGUCAAAAAAUAUCCAGGAUGGUGGCAUAGUGAUAGCCAGAAGCGCAGAAUGGAUCCUGGCUUGCCUGCAGAAAAAGCGGCGCCGGGCCCUUAGCAUCGCAGAAGAGUUGAAUGGAAUUUGUACCCAGCUCACAGCAGACUUCCAAGAGAAGGCUUUCCUUAACCUCGGCAAUAUCAUUGAGACCAAAUUUAACAACAGGGACCAAAAUAACAACAACAACAACAAAAUCAACGUUACUGACACUGACAACUUCAUCGGUGCAGACAGUGCCCUGGGCAUCAGCACAGCUGGCGACAGCACCCCCAACAAUUCAAGAAGCAGCCGUGCAUGCGAAGCAGACUCAGGGACAGAGAUCGCCAUUGUUCUGGAUGGAUCAGGAAGCAUCAAGCCUGAGGAUUUUGAAAGAGCCAAGGGUUUCAUCUCCAACAUGAUGACGUCAUUCUGGAGGAAAUGCCCAGAGGUUACGUUUGCUGUGGUACAGUACGGAGCAGAGAUCCUAACUGAAUUUGACCUGCAGGAAAGCAGCAACAAGUCCAGUGCUCUCUGCAAGGUCCAUAACAUAACGCAGCUGGGUUCUGUGACCAAGACUGCAUCUGCCCUGCAGCAUGUUCUAGAUGCGAUCUUCAAUGAAAGCCGCGGUUCGGUCAAGGAUGCUCACAGGAUGAUCCUUGUCAUGACCGAUGGGGAGAUCUUUUUGGACUCACUGAGCUUUACAGAUGUGAUGAGCUCCCCGAAAAUGGCCACGAUCGAACGUUACGCCCUUGGGGUCGGUGAUGUCUUCAGCAAGCAAAGGGCCCUGAAAGAGCUGCAGCUCAUUGCCUCAGACCCUGAUGAAGAUUACUUGUUUAAGCUGCGUGAAGCCUUGGAUGGCUUCCUGUCAGUGCUGGAGAGAAAUAUUUUGGGUACCUCAGCGGCAUAUCUUCCAGAGGCAGGAUCUGGCUAUGAAAACCAGAACAGCAACAAUAACAACAUCAACUCUGACAUGGAAGAGGAUGACGAUGACUCAUACUCAGGGACAGAGAUCGCCAUUGUUCUGGAUGGAUCAGGGAGCAUCGAGCCUGAGGAUUUUGAAAGAGCCAAGGCUUUCAUCUACAACAUGAUGAAAACAUUCUAUGAGAAGUGCUUUGAGUGUGAUUUUGCCCUGGUGCAGUAUGGAGCUGAUCUCAGAACUGAGUUUAACCUCCGGGACAGUUGGAAUGCUAACGCUACCCUCCAGAAGGUUCAGAACAAUCCAUUGUGCAAUGUGACCAAAACAGCAUCUGACAUCCAACAUGUGCUGGAUUCCAUCUUCAGUGAGAGCCAGUGGUCCCAGAAAACUGCUGCUAAAAUCAUGGUUGUGGUGAUGGAUGGGGAAAUAUUACUGGAUCCAAUUAACUUAACAGUGGUGAUAAAUUCACCCAAAAUGGCAGGAAUUGACCGCUAUGUCAUUGGGGUGGGAGAAGCAUUUAACAAGACCAAGGCCCUAAAUGAGUUGCAGCUUAUCGCCUCUGAUCCAGAUGAAAGUCAUUUAUUCCGGGUGACCAAUUAUUUGGCUUUAGAUGGGCUCCUUUCAACCCUGCAGCAGAAAAUCAUUGCGAUAGAAGGUACGGCAGGCGAUAUUACAGAAUAUGAGCUGGCGCAAACUGGUUUCAGCGCACAGAUCUUGGACAAGCAGCACAUACUGGUUGGAGCUGUGGGGGCCUAUGACUGGUCUGGUGGAGUUCUGCUGUACGAUUGGGUAACCAAGAUGGCAGCUUUCCUGAACGAAUCUAAAGAAGCAAAGGAAGCAAGAUACGGCUACCUAGCCAUCCUCUACCAUGAUUUAUUGCGGUCGGCCGAAACCAUCCGCACAUUUACUCUCAUCCAUGGGCUGCGAUAUUGGACGCCCAAUAUUCAAAAAAACAACGCACAUUUUUCAGUGAUUUGGCAAUUAGAUGAAGCUUUAUUUCCAGAUAAGACUGCGAACAUCACUAUUAACGUCACAAAUGUAAAUGAAAAUAGCACUACUUUGAUUGAAGAAGAACACAUACUUGAUGUCAGAUAUGCUUUCACUGCAGUUCUUACCAAGCCAACUCCUGUAGUAUAUGUGAAUGUUAGUCAAGGACACUCUGAGAACAAGGAGUUCCAGUUUAAUAUCAAUGGGGAAAACUGCUUUGGAACUCAAAUUACAUUACAGAUUUUGGUUCCUAUCAGCAUACAAAAGAAUCGUAUUACAAACAUAAAAAAUAUAACAAGAACACAGGUAUUUAUUUUUUUAAAACUUUUUCAAUGUGCAAUUCCUGUUCCACAGACUUUCAGGAGAGCAGGUUUAGACCCUUACUGAUAAAUAAAGGUAAGAUUGUCGUGGAGGUUGUGGAAUCUGUGACCUCCAGCAAUCUCCGUGACAUUGGGGGCCCCCGCAGCUGACCAGCUGCUGCAGGCAUCAGGGGACCCAGCAGCAGCCCAGCCUCCAAGGACCCUCUUGCAGCUGCCACUGCUGCUGGUGACCAUGGUGGUGCAUGGUAGAGGGACCUGAGCUGCUCAGUGGCCAUGGGUGCCUCCCCAGAGCUCCCCUGCCAUUAUGGGUGGUGGGGGACACCCCCCCCCACAGGGUGGCAGGGGCCACUGGGCAAUGGGGUCUCCACAGCUCCCAGCCAUUGCGGGGGGUUGGGGGGGGGGCACAGAGACAGGAUGCUGGACCCUCCUCCCUCCCCAUUUUGUCAGGGAUGUUUUUAGUAAAAGUCAGGGACAGGUCACAGCUUCUGUGAUUUUUUUGUUUAUGGCCCAUGACCAGUCCAUCACUUUCACUAAAAAUAUCCAUGACAAAAUCAUAGCCUUACUGAUAAAACAUAUUCAAGCAGGGUUUUCCUACAGCAUCCAGGAGUAUUUUCUCUAAUUUUCUAUUUCAGGGUUUACAUAUUGUAACCUGUCAAAUUCAUUCUGCUAAUCCAGGAAGUUUGCCAACCUAAGAGCAUGUGUUUAAAGCUGGGUCUAUA